UAGACCUAAGCUGAGACAUGUGGAAUGAUGCAGAAAAAGUAUGCUGUUGUUAGAAAUAGGCUCAGGGUGUCCAAACUUUCUCCAGUAAGGGCCACAUAGUGACAAAUGAAAGGAUGCAAGGGCCAACUUUGAUAUAUUGUAAAGAUAUGCUCAGAAGUUAUAUAUAUUUCAAGAUAAAACAGCUAUUAUUAUUAUGACAUUUUGUAUUUUUUCCCCUAUUUUUUGGCAGUUGUUUUUUUUUUUUUUUUACCAAAUAUUUGAACUUUGCAUUUACAUAAUAUUUGCCAAUUUUCCCAUCCUAAUAUUUGGAUUUUAUUCCUAUCAAAUUUUGACUUUAUUCCUGGAAUAUCAUAACUUUUUCCUCACAUAUUUUUCCAACUUUCUAAAAUGACAACUUUAUUUUGUUUUGCUUUCCUCAAAAUAUUAUGACUUUUGUUGUUGUUGUUGUUAUAAUAUGACUUCUGGGAAUAUGACGUCAGUUUUUUCUAGUUCUGCUGUUUGCUCCAACUAUUUAAACGAAAUUUCAUCUCAUAAUAUGACAUAUGUAUGACAUUAUUCCCUGAUAUUUUGGAUUUAUUCUGGGAACAUUGCAAUGUUUGUCACAAAUUACUUUCCAAAAAUGACAGUUUUAUUCAUUGUUUUGUUUGUUUUUCAUAUUACGACUUUUUUUUUUCACUAAUACAAGAGCAUAGAAGGUGCAAAAUAAAGAAGUUAUAUACACUAUAAGCUACAUGUUUAUUGCAGGGUUAUUGCACAGUUUAUUGCACAGUUAUUGUACAGGAUGUCAUUAAUCUUUUCCAAGAGGCCCGACUCAAACCAAAACAGACUCUAACCAAAGCAAAGUAUCCCAUAGAAAUUUAUGUAAAUAACACUAAUACUAAACUUUUCCAAAUUGCUGUCAUUAAAAGAUAACUAAUUAAUCAAAUUUAACACUGACACAAACACGGGUUGUAUUUUAUUCUCGAUAAAAUGGUUCCGUAAAGGCGCAUUUAGACAGACACAGGUUGUAUUUUAUUCUCGAUAAAAUGGUUACCGUAAAGGCGCAUUUACAAAAUUGGUUGUAAACUCUUUGUAAGGAUGCACUUUGAGCAAUCCUGCCUUAUUUGAUAAAGCAGUUGCCAAAUAUUUACGCCUUAUGAAGAAGGUUAGCUUUUAUCUUUAAUGCACUUACUCCGCUCUCCACUCACUUUUUAUCACAUCGCUCACUGGGGCUGACAAAUUCUUUCUUUUGCUUCACUCCCAUCCCACCAUCCUUCCCUAUUCUGCCACUUGUUCUGACCUUUAGUCCUCAUUGUGAGCGAGGUUCCUUCCCAUAAGCACACGGCGGCCCUGCAUCAAUCUCAUGGAUUCUAUUGAGCCGGGUUUCAUCCUUCAUCCUCGCUAAACCUUUUGUUUGCGGCCUGAAAAGCUGGCUGAUGUCGGGGACCAUCAAGCCCAAGUUGUUGGAUCAAUAUAAACAUCAAUCAUUCGGUCCAAGGUCUUUCUGCGCCUCAGAAAAAAAACAGUUCACUAAACAAUCCUUUCUUUAUGGCGGUCCUUAGAAGGAAUGAGCUUGCGGUAGUUCACUUUUUUCUGGGUCGUGGUUGUUUUUUUUCUCUGGAAAUUUGCACUGCAAUGGGAGUGUUGUUCUCAUCCUGUCAACUGGGAACUCAUUUGGGUUACUUUCUGACUACUAUUAUUUUCCCUUGUCAUGUAGUGGAUAGAGUUUAAAAUCGCAAAAUCUACAUCAAGACAUAAAAACCCAUCAGUGCUUAAAAUAAAAUAAUGGUGGAGAUAUUAAACACUAGACUUUUUCCACUAAAAUACGACUAAUAUAUAUCAUAGAUGUGUACUGUUACAAAAGUAAUUAGUUACAGUUACAAAUUGGCAUGUCCGAUAAUUAUUGGUACGGACUCCUUUCUAGAUGUUCCAGAAUCUGCACCUAUUGCAGCUUUAUUUCCUUGGAUUUCCAAAACGGUCUGUUUUAAUGUUUUCUAUCCACGGCCCGCCUUUGUGCACGCCCACUCCGCUGUGAUUGGUCACACUCAGCUUGAAACAGAGCAUUCUUAUCUGAAGCUAUGGCGUCGUUUACCACAAUAAUACAACUUUCUAACUACAUUUCUAGGUCAGAAAAGUGGAAAAAUCGUAAUAGGUGCCCUUUAACUCUCUGGGGUGCCUUUAAUUUACCACCUUUUCGGGGCUCUAGAAGACAAGAAAGUUUCUCCCCAAAAAACUGUGAUAAAAACACAAUAUAUUAAUAGUUUUGCAGCUUUUUUGCUGCUUAGAUCGCUCCAUCAACUUGAGUUCUAAAAAAAAAUGUAAAUAUGUGUUUUUAGCCCUUCAAAUGCCCAUUUGAUUCAAUUAUGUCACUGUUUUUGCUUAGAAAAAAUAUAAACAAAAUUUUACACAUAGUACUCAGGUAUGCAGAUGUGAUCCUGCGGGGAAAAAAAAGCAUCAGAAUCUAUUUUAUGUAUAGUUAAACCCUGAUCUUUGACCUGUACAGCCCCCUAAAAGUUAUUAUGUGGGAAAAUAAAUCAUCAUAAUAAUUACGGUAAUUAAAUCACACUUUUUAUUAUUAGGUUUUGUUUAACUUUCACUUUGUUAUUUUUAAUUUCAGUUUCAGUUGUUUCAUGCUGUUAUAAUUUGAAAGGGGUGGUCUUUCAUUUUACUUUGAAAAGAUCGCUGACAGGAAGUUGAUUAUUUCAGCCGAGUGUUGCUCGAGCAGCCGGUCAAGUUUUUACCCCCACAAGGUUUUCAUACAUUCUCGGCUAUAUUUGUAUAUUUUGUAAGAGUCUAUAUUUACAAUAAGUAUAUAUAAUCUCGUUAAAAAAGAAAAAAGAAAACACACAUUUGAAGAUAUUUAAUGAGCGAUGACUAGAGGUGAUGCCAGGCUGUUCUCUGUGAUAAUUACACUUCUUCUGACAGGCUCCAGAGUUUGUGCUGAUGAUGCGCCCCCCCGCAUCGUCCACCACCCCUCUGAUGUGGUGGUGAAAUUUGGGAAACCCGCCACAUUCUCCUGCCGGGCGGACGGCAACCCGAAGCCGACCAUCGAGUGGCUGCACGAUGGCCAGCCGUUGGAGGUUUCCAAGGGAGAUGGCCAGCUACAGCCCAUGUUUUUGUCAGAUGAUAGGCUCUUCUUCCUGAGUGUGGGUGUGGGUAGACAUGGCCAGUCCCAUGAGGGCAUCUACACCUGUGUGGCCAGGAACAGCGCGGGCACGGCCGUCAGCCACAAUGCAUCACUGCACAUUGCAACACUGCAAGACGCGUUCACUGUGCAGCCCAAUGAUGUCGAGGUGGCUGAGGGAGAGGUGGCUGUCUUAAACUGUGGACCGCCCGUGGGACACCCAGAGCCAAAUAUAAUGUGGAGGAAAGACGGACUGCCAGUCAACAGCACUGACUUCCACUACACGGAGUUGAAUGGGAAGCUCAUCAUCGAUCCUACAGAGAAGAACCACUCCGGUGCCUAUGUGUGUGUGGCCAGCAACACUAUGGGGGUGCGAGAGAGCAGGGCAGCGCGGCUCACUGUGCUCGCAAAACCUGUUUUGGUGCUGAAACCGGAAAAUGUGUCGGUGAGAACGGGGGAGUCAGCUCAGUUCUACUGCCAAGCCAAAGGUGAUCCUCCACCUGCUGUGGUCUGGAGCAGAGAGCAGGGACCACUGCCCAAUGGCAGGUAUCUUGUGAACCCGGACCAGACACUCCAGAUACAUUACCUGACCAUCCAAGAUGCUGGCAAGUACACCUGCACUGCAGUCAAUGAUGUCGGUGUGGUCAGUGCUACGGCGAACCUACUCGUUGAAGCUUCCAGCACAAAACAGAAAGACCUCCACAAAGAACUGUCAGCCCUGCGUCUGACUCUAGAGAAUGUCACCAUCACGGCCCCGGGGUCCAACAUGUCACAAGUACAGUGGGCGCUCCAGUCCCUCCAGACUCAGCCUCAUUACCUGGAUGGCUUUGAGGUUCUCUACCGUUCUCUGUUACCUGCCAGCUCAGACUGGGUGGCAAUAAAAGUGACGGUGCCGAGCUUUCAAGCACAGGUUGGCCCUUUAAAGAGAGGCUACAAGUACGAGUUUAAGGUUCGCCCGUACGGCAGCGACUUGUACGGACGGGAGAGUAACACCCAGCUCCUCAGAGUCCCAGAGACAGUGCCCGGUGCCGCUCCGCUGGCCGUGUCGAUAACUGUCAGCCAUAAUCACAAUAACUCUAUCCACCUGAACUGGGAGCCUCCUCCUUCCGACUCCCUCAAUGGGAUCAUCCAGGGUUACCAGGUAUGGUGUGCGGAGUCGGAUGAGCAGCAGUACCAAAACUGGACCGUAGAUAGCAGCCGACGCAGUCUUGAUGUGUAUUCCUUGCAACCAGGGAAACGCUACUGGAUUACUAUUGCCGCUGUCAAUGGUGCUGGAAUAGGAAUGCUAAGUGACCCUCAUGGAUUUGUCAUAAACCCACAGCUGGGAUUUACCUCUGAGACAGACAGGCAGUCCAGACUGGAUCAGUCUACAUUUGUGGCCCUGCUUCAGGACCCCAUACUGAUUGGCAGCAUUGGUGCCCUCUUGUGGUGCUUUUUGAUGAUUGCGGCUGUCUGCCUUCUAAAACGCCACAGCAGGAUGUGUAUAGCAGGACGUGAGCGGGCUAAAAGUUUGCAUGGACUCGCCACUGAAGAUCUCUUCAUAAAUCACAGGAUAACAGCACCAGACUCUCCUUGGAGUUCUGUGGCCUGGAGACCAGCUUUGAACCAGAAGUACCAAGACCUGUGGGCUCAAGGUCACAAACAUUCAGGGAUCAGGAGUGCAAGCUUUCCGGUGCCAACCAAUAAGGAGCCAAGCUGCAUGGACUCAGCUGUUCCUGUUGUGACUGACAGCUGCAGUGUCUACGGCACCUUUUACGUUGACCUGAUGGGAAACGGCCUGAAGACCUUCAACAGUCCCGGACGUUGCCCUAAAAUGCCUCACGGUCUGCCCCAACAGCAAGGAGCUGAGACCAUUCAGAUCUUCACUCAGCCUGGACCUGGGACCUCGCUCCUCACUAGUCGGGCCAUGUUACCAUGGAAACAGUGCAUACGACCUCAGCCCAAGAUGGGCGUGCUGAGGGAAAAGAGGCACAUUAAGCAAGAGUUGCACGCAGUGAGCAGUGUCCCCAUCGUAGCCAACGCGGACCAGGCUGGUCCAACUAGUGUCUGCAAACAGAGAUUUAGUCACGUCCCAUCAGAGUAUAAUGGAGGUGCUGGCUGUCCUCGGCUGCUGCAAUACUCUGCAUCCCUGCACCUAUUGGACACGUGGACACGCCCACCACUGUUACACUUGGAGGAAACUGCAGACACUCACAGUGUGACCUCAGACGAAGGAUCCAGUCGCUCCACCAAGAUGACAGUAGACCUGGGCUCUCUUCAGUCAGUGUGUGCUACCCCGGGCUACCACGCACAGGCGGGGGACGCCACCUCCAACGACAGUCGCCCCCCUUACAGCCACCUGUCCACGUCAUCCUAUAUUGAAGAAAAGGGUGGCACGCUGACAGCGCAGGAAGCCAAUCAGUAUCUGGAACUUCACGCUGAGGAAUCUAGUGUCCUUUCUGGGCAACAUGUCCCCCGUCUCCGUCCUCUGACCACCGGCAUGACCUACAACGCUGACCUAGUCCCGUCCGCCCAAAUGGACCAUAACACAUCCUAUCAGGUCCCACUCAUCGGGUUUCACCGCGCCCGCCUUCAGAGCUCACCUUCCUCCUGUUACAGCGAAUGGGAUGGCUCCCUGUGGAACACUUGGAGCUCCAUCACAGAUGGGAACUUUGCCAGCGCCCGUACGAGCCUCAUCAGCUCAGUGGACAGCUGCUACACCAAUGACAGCAGCAACUUCACCCACUUUGUGACGGCGGAGUCCGUUAGUGGAGCUUCUUUGUCAGAUUUCUCUCCGCCCGCCUCCCCUCUCAGCGCCAUGUACCCGUCAUUGUGUGCCGAGGGCGGCUCAAUCAGGGAUCUGGAGACUGUUCCUGCAUGGGACUGGAGCAGGAACUGGAUGGAGGAAAUGGAGGCUCAGUACAGCAGCCGCUAUCCCGGCAGGAAUGCUAAACCUUUUAACACGUAGGGCGUUCUUACAGCGUAGGAUAAUUCAUUAUUCUUAGAAUCAUUCAAUAUGUUAACAAUUGACCGAAAACUAACUUUAUGAUGUUUGGAGCUUUUGAUGCAUGAUGCUUUUCUCAGGUUGGCUUAUGGCCUCAUCCUACUGUUUUUAUGGUUUUAUUGGAAAUAGGCACUAUCAGGCACUUUCUCAUGAAACUGCUGAGAAUGUCCUUUUUAUUAUUCAUUUUUUAUUCCAAUAUAUUUUUUAUAUUAUAAUAGUUCCAGUGCUGUGCCUCUUCCUGAAGUUAAUGCAAGAAGUACAUGGUAGAAGUAGAAGUACAUGGCAGCACUUUUUUUUUUUAAUUCACAUUUAACUGAACUAACUUAAUACUAUACCGCAAGCUUGAGCACUACCAAGUUUGUUUUUUUUCUUGAUGUUUUAACGUUCCACACUUGACACAAAGUAUAUAUUGUAGUUUUCUGUGAAGGAAAUCUUCCUCGCGUUUGUAAGUUUUGAAAUGUAUGGAAGCCUGUUUCCGUCACUGAAAAGAGAAAAAAAUAUCCCAAAGGUAAGUCAUAAUUAUGAAAUAAAAAGGCCAAAUUACCAGAUGAAAAAAAUGACGAGAUAGUGUGAGGUAAAAAGUCAAUAUUUCUAAAAAAGAAGUCUUAAUUAUGAGCUAAAAAGCCUGAAAUUCUGACAUCAAAAGUCAUAAGUAUGAGGAAAAAAACUUUAAAUUCAGCCAUGUGUGAAAUAAAAAGAUGACAUUUCAAUUUAAAAAUCGAAAUUAUAAGAUUAAAAAGUCCCACGUAUGAGAUACGUCAAAAUAAAAAGACAGGAAUUGCCACUUCCUGUCUUGUGCUCUUAUUUUGGUGUGCUGCACUUCCUUUUAUGGGGACGUUGCAGCAGCUUGACUCCAGUGUAAUUGCACACAGCUGGUGGCAAUUCCAAUCAGGGAGGUUUAAAAGCCUCCUGAUUCAUUACGACCGACUGGUGUGGCUUCACCUGUCAUCACCUCAAUUACGUUUUUAUGUUUUUUAUAUUUUUGUGUUACCUCUGCUGGUUUGUUUUGCCGUCACGGAGCCUUUUUCCUCUGUUUCCUUUAAUAAAAUACUCAAUAAAACCAUUUUUUACAUGCAA